CGAAGCCGAGAAGAUGCUAAAACUUUGGCACUACUACCCGAUAUUGGUACUGGUCCUGGGCCAGACCCAGGCCGAUGUCUUUGAGGAGUGCAAUGGAGCCGAUGGCUUCAGCUUUGUCGAGUCGCCCAAGAGCUGUGCCCAUUACAUAUACUGCGAUGGGGAUGACUCGUACGAUGGGGAAUGCGAAGACGGUGAAUACUUCAGUGCUGAUUUGCAACUGUGCGAGCCCAUGGGUGAUAUAGAUUGCCGAUCGGGCUUGCCCAUACCAGCAGAGCCCACCAACAAUUCAUCCAACUCUGAGACUGCUUCGUCAGAGAAUAAUUCCGGACCAGAAACAGAGGUGGUUAACUCCACCGCAUCUUCCAAUUUAAAUACAACGGUGGCGCCUCCGGGUGCAUUGGUAACUGUCCCAACGCGCCCUCCAGCCAACGAAUCUGGAAGCACUAGCUCCACCGGACUCUACCCCAGCAUAGAGGUGGCCGUGACUACCCUGUGUCCCAGGCAGGACAAUCAGAGCCGUAUCGUAUUGUUGCCAAAUGGAAACUCCUGCUCGGAUUAUUUCAUUUGCUAUCAGGGGGAAGCUCUUCCCAUGAGCUGUGCGGCUAGUCUGCAUUUUAAUUCCCGUUCUGGCAAAUGCGAUCAUCCCGAGAAUGUCAGAUGCUUGACGAUGAGUUCCAAUCCCCGAGAGCAGUGUAAACGACACACCAUCGAUGUCUAUCCUCAUCCGGAUAAUUGCAAUUACUUCUAUCAAUGCCGUCUGGGUUUCUUGAUUGUCCAGCAGUGUCCUUUCUUCUAUGGAUGGGACUACGAGAAACGAUCCUGCGUAGCGCUAAGCCAAGCUAAAUGUUAUAAUAAAGUGCAAUUGAAGUUGUAGAAAUAAAAUAAUGUGUUACUGAUAGA